UGUAUAAAGCAAAGUUAUUAAUCCUGUUAAAAUUUAAAGGUUGCGAAUAUUUGCAAAUAAUAUAAAUUUUCAUACAAAAAAUUAAGUUACUAUAGACUUUUUCAAACAAAAAUUAAAAAAGGAAAUCUAAGAAUAAAAAUGGAUAUCGAAGGAAAGACAAUAAUAUUAUAGAAUCCAGAUGGAUCUAUCUAAGUAGCAACAUAGCCUCAUUAUAAAGGAAAAAAGUAGUUAUAGUGUUAUAAAUGUAAAUGCAGAUUAAUUUAUGAGGGAAAUGCUCUUAAAAUAAAAUGUACAAACUGCCAAUCAUUAAAUGGUGUGCCUAACUAGCAAAGUUAGUAAUAAAUGUAGUAGCAAAGAUCUAUAUCAUGUGCAAGUUGUGGAGCAAGAUGUUAAUUAUUAAUUAUUGAUAACAUGUUGAUUGGAAAUUGCAAUUCUUGUGGUGCUUUAACAGGUGUAUAUUGA